CGUCCUCUAUUAAUAAUAAAAAAUAAUAUAUUUCUAUCAACAUCGCAAAUUUGCUCGGCUAGUUGUACGUUAUGAUACAGGUGUGGAACACGGAACCUCUGACGCAGUACUUCAACUCGGGCAUGCACCUGUACGAGGUGAACACGACCAACCCGCUCGGCACGAGAGGCGCCCUCGCGUUACGAUUCGGUGAACUAUGCAAGGAGGUGUGGUCGUGCAGCGCGCGCUCGGUGGCGCCGCUGCGCGUGCGCUGGGUGGUGAGUCGCCACGCGCGCGCGCUGGCCGGCGGCGGGCAGCACGACGCGCAGGAGCUGCUGGCCUGGCUGCUGGACCACCUGCACGAGGACCUCAACCGCGCGCCGCCCCCGCCGCCGCCCCCCGCGCCCGCCCCCGCCCCGCCCGCGCCCGACCCGGCCGCCCGCCCCGACCAGGCCGCGGCGGCGGAGGCGUGGGAGGCGUACACGGCCCGCAACCGCUCCAUCCUGACGGAGCUGUUCUACGGGCAGCUGAAGUCCCGCGUGCGCUGCGACACCUGCGGCCGGGACUCCGUGCGCUUCGACACCUUCAACAUGCUCUCCCUCCCGCUGCCCAUGGAGUCCUACGUGCGCACGCAGAUCAGAGUGAUCCUGUUGGACGGUUCGGUGCCAGUGAAGUACGGUAUACGUGUAAACUCCGACGAGACUUACUAUGACCUGAAACAAAAAUUAUCUGAACUAUGCGGAUUGCCACCGGAAUCGUGAGUACAUGCCGUUAUUGUUAAAAUUACCGUUAUAGAUAAUAUCUUUUUAAAUUUUCACAGUUAUUCCCACAAAUGAUGUCAUAAUAAUUCAUUUUCAUUAAAAACGAUUGAUUUCUCUUUCUUCUUUAUAAGGUUUUUGACUUUUUAGAAAUUGUUACCCAUCAUCUAACGCUUAUUGACUACUUGGCAAUUAUAUUUUUGCAAUAUUUCUUGCUUUAAAAUAAAUUGUAAGUUCAUUUAUUUUCUCAUAUUAACUGCAGAUUACAUUUCGUUCUGUAGAUUAAAACAACGUAGAUUAAAUCAAUGCAACGUUGACGUCACAUUUUAAGAAAUAGAACGUCAACGUUUUUUUUUUUUUGCUGGAUUUCCAAGUAAUUUCAAUUUGUGCUCGUAUAAAUGUUAGUAUUCAUGUACUUUGAAAUGUGACGUCACGGCUCAAAAUAUCAGGUGACCGAUUGAUUUCGCGGGAAUUGCAAAUGAAGUAAUAAAAAUAUAUAAAUAGCCUCAUGCUGGUGGAGGCGGCGGGCGCGCUGCUGGGGCGGGCGCUGCCGGACGCGGCGCGGCUGCGCGCGGGCGGCGAGCUGGCCGCCUACCAGCUGCCGCCG